GGCUGCGCAGGUGCGGCGUGAGCGCGUGACCGAGGCGCGUUCCUGGUGAUGAGCAGCUGACCUGUUUCCUGCGGUCGCCUCCCUGUCGUUCUCUGCAGGUGUGCGCAGUUUUAACAUGACCGCAGAGUUUCUGCGCGACAUCUGCGUCUCCACGUGGCGCGCGCCUCCUUCCAGCCGCUGAUCGGAACCGGAUCCAUCCGAACAUGGCCGUGCUCUGUCCAGGACGCGCUUCGKUUCGGUUCGGCUCGGUCCUCCUGAUUCUCCUGAUCCUCAGCGGUUCUUCCUGGACCAGAGAUGUCCCCACAGGACGCAACGACACCAGGCCAGAACCGAACCGGGAGCGUGACGGCCACGACCAGGAUCAUGGAACCAACGCCACGAAACACAGGAAGGCUUUCCCCGUCCUCGAGUUGAACUACGAUUAUGUCCGGAUGCCGUUUGAGAUUUCCCUGUGGAUCCUGCUGGCGCUGCUCAUGAAGCUGGGUUUCCACAUCAUUCCCAGAAUUUCCCACGUCGUUCCAGAGAGCUGCCUGCUGAUCUUCGUCGGUCUGCUCGUUGGCGGCGUUAUCAAAGCGAUCCAAGAGAAGGCGCCGGUCAUGGACACCAAGCUCUUCUUCCUCUACCUGCUGCCGCCCAUCAUCCUCGACGCCGGCUACUUCCUGCCCAUCCGGGCCUUCACCGAGAACAUGGGCACCAUCCUGGUCUUCGCGGUGGUGGGGACGCUGUGGAACGCCUUCUUCAUCGGCGGGAUGAUGUUCGCCGUGUGCCAGAUUGAGGCCGCCGCAGCCGCCCAUGUUAGCCUGCUGUCCUGCCUGCUGUUCGGCUCCAUCAUCUCGGCCGUGGACCCGGUGGCGGUUCUGGCCGUGUUCGAGGAAAUCCACAUCAACGAGCUGCUGUACAUCCUGGUGUUUGGAGAGUCGCUGCUUAACGAUGCGGUCACGGUGGUUCUGUAUCACCUGUUUGAGGAGUUUUCCCACGCAGACACCGUUACCGUUGGCGACGCCUUCCUCGGCGUGGUCUCGUUCUUCGUGGUUUCGCUCGGCGGCAUCCUGGCGGGUGUCAUCUACGGAGUCCUGGGUGCCUUCACGUCCCGCUUCACCUCGCACUCCCGCGUCAUCGAGCCGCUGUUCGUCUUCCUCUACAGCUACAUGGCGUACCUCUCUGCAGAGGUCUUCCAUCUGUCCGGGAUCAUGUCUUUGAUUGCCUGUGGCGUCGUCAUGCGGCCGUAUGUGGAGGCCAACAUCUCCCACAAGUCCUACACCACCAUCAAGUACUUCCUGAAGAUGUGGAGCAGCGUGAGCGAGACGCUAAUCUUCAUCUUCCUCGGGGUUUCCACAGUGGAAGGCCCUCACAACUGGAACUGGAUCUUUGUGGUCUUCACCCUCCUCUUCUGCCUCCUUUCGAGAGUGUUGGGAGUCGUUGGCCUCACCUUCAUUAUAAAUAAAUUUCGUAUUGUGAAGCUGACCAAAAAGGACCAGUUCAUCGUGGCCUACGGUGGCCUGCGAGGUGCAAUUGCCUUCUCUCUGGGAUACCUUAUACACCAGGAUGAGGGCAGCAAAGACACGAGGGGCAUGUUCCUCACCGCCAUCAUCACAGUCAUCUUCUUCACCGUCUUUGUGCAGGGGAUGACCAUCAGGCCUCUGGUGGAGCUGCUGGCAGUGAAGAAGAAGAAGGAGAGCAAACCGUCAAUAAACGAGGAGAUUCACACUCAGUUCCUGGACCACCUGCUGACAGGAAUCGAAGACAUCUGUGGACAUUAUGGACAUCAUCACUGGAAGGACAAGAUGAAUCGCUUCAACAAGAAGUACGUGAAGAAGUGGCUGAUCGCAGGCGAGCGCUCCAGCGAGCCGCAGCUCAUCUCCUUCUACAACAAAAUGGAGAUGAAGCAGGCCAUGAUGCUGGUGGAGAGCGGGAGCGCCGCCAAGCUGCCCUCCAUCAUGGCCGCCGCCGCCGCCGCCCAAAACGCGGAGCAGCAGAAAGAACCGACACCAGAGCGAAUGAUCCCCAAGAUCUCAAAGACCCGCGAAGCCGAGAUCCGCCGGAUCCUUCGGGCCAACCUGCAGAACACGCGGCAGAGGCUGCGCUCCUACAGCAGACACGACUUCUUCAUGGACCCGUUUGAGGACAACAUGAGCGAGGUCCGCUUCCGGCGGCAGCGGGUCGAGAUGGAGCGGCGGAUGAGCCACUACCUCACCGUCCCGGCGAAGCGCCAGGAAACRCCGUCGGUCCGGAAGGUUUGGUUCGAACCAGAGCACAAAGUCUACACCUACAAUGAGAACGAGAACGCCCGGCCGUCCGACAGCGCCGCCCUGCUGGACGAGUCGAAUCGGCACGCAGACGGCCAAUCAGAGAGGCAGAAACCGACUCGCUGCCUCAGCGAUCCUGGUCCCAAUGAGGAUGAGGAAGGAAGCAGCUUCCGCCCGUCAUGAUGAAGGUUUCCUCUCUGGACUGGUUGUUUUUGAUGUGUGAUAUGAGGUGACGCAUUUCAGUGUUUUCAGCACCAAACGGACUCUUCAGGGUAUUACGAAGCACAGAGGAAAGAUUAUCAAUGAAGUAAGUUGAUCGAUCAGUCAGUUCAUUUUAUAAAGACGAUUAAUAAAAGAGCAAAAAGGAAACACCUGGAGGGAAAAACGGAAAGAAGGGAGGGAUGGAGGAAUUUACUGCAUAUAAUCCAUAAAUAUCCAGCCUUAGAAGAAAUCCCUGACCUGGAUGCAGUUUGGUCAACUCGCAGAUCAGAGGUGGGAAGCGAAGGACUCAAAAUGCAGAGAUGAAGCAUCUGGGAUGGCCACAGGGGGGCGCUUCAAUCACUCCGGAUCAGAUAGCCGGUCCUGGUUUGUCCUGGAGACGUCCUGACUCUAAACACCUGCUGCUCCAACCGACUGUCGGACGCUUCAGUGACUCCAGACACUGUUUGUAAAGUUACACUGUCAAAAAUUAACAGCAAUAGUUUGGAUUAUUUAGCCUGUCAUGAAAAAAAUGUGGAUUAAUUUUUCAAAGUCAUAUUUUCACCAUGUUAUUAAUUUAUAAAUGUCAACGUUUCAAACUGGAUAUUUAAUUAGCGAGCUAAGGGUUAGUUAGUAAAUAUUUAGUUUGGAACCAAAUAUUUAGCUGCAAGCUAACUAUUUAGCUCCCAACUAAAUAUUUAACUUGCUAACUUGUUUGAAUCUGAUAUUUGUGAAUUAAUGAAUGACAUGGUGAAAAUAAGUCUUUGAAAAGUGAACCCCCAUUUUUUCUGAUACGGUUGAAUAGCUCAAAAUAUCGCUGUUCAUUUUUGACAGUGUAACUUUCCAAACUGCACCGCACGUGUCACUGCCUGACGGUGAGAUUACAUCACUUCCGCCCCCUGGUGGCUGGAUGUGGACCAAACUAUGUCCCGCUCCUCCUGAGUAGCAGACCGUUUAUUUCACUGUAAAUCAGUUACUUUUGUGUAUCUGUCUAUCAUUUCUGCUGAUUUUGUGUAUAAAAGCAGCAUAAGUUAAGUUGACCACAUCAGCGCAGACACCAAAGGCUGCUGUGCCGAUUCUUUAGUGAUCAUGUUUGACUAAUUAUGYGUUUUACAGCAAGCUUGUGCCUUAUUCAGUUGCAUUUCAUUUAUCUUAAUAUCAAGUGAACAAAAACCUCAACAUAUUUUUCCAUGUAAUUAAAAGAUAAAUAUUGUAAAGGUGACCGUUAAUCACCUCCUGACUCAUCGUGUUGCCUCAGGGACUCAAACUUGUCGGAUCCCGACUGCUGAAGGAAACUCCGGUUUGGAGAUUCAAACAGGAUGUGAUGUUUCAUCAACUUCCUCCUCACUGAGCUUUAAAGCGUUUAAUGCCUGCCUGCAUCUCUUGUGUGUUACAAGCUUUUAUAUUUUGUGUUUCAGACAUUUAUCACAUGAAGAAAAACUAUAAUAAAAUAAAUUCACCGUUAA